UCUCCUCUUCCCGCCCCCGUCCUCGCGAUCCCCCUCUCCCCCCCUAGAGAUUUAUGAGCCCGAGGGGCAACCCACGCACGCCGGCCCAUACCAGUAGCGCGACCGCUCCCAGGCCGCUCCGCACAGACCCUUCGCUCUGGCACCCCUCGCCGCCCGGCGUACAUGACGUGCUGGCAGGGCGCGGCGUGCGCAGAGGAGGCCCACGGGCCGCUCGGAGCGGCCGCAAACGGCCUGGCCCUGAAGCCGGAGGGCAUCGCCAGCGAGGCCUCCGCGGGCGCGUGCGGCGGCAGCGCCGCGGACGCGUGCAGCACCCGCGCCAGGAGCCCCGAGGUGGCGCCGGAGCCCGACGCGGACGAGCCGGACUGGGCGGGCGCCGCGGACCUCCAGAGGUACGAAGUCAUGCACGUCAUCGGCACUGGAGUCUACGGGACGGUCUUCGUGGCCCGGGACCGCGAGACGGACGGCAGGGUGGCGAUCAAGAGCCUGACGAUCGACGACGCCCAGGGCGACGGCGUGCCCGCGCACGUCAUCCGUGAGGUAUCGUUGCUGCGCGACUUCGUUCACCCCAACAUCGUGGAGUUGAAGGACCUGCAGGUCAAUGGUCCCACCGAGUACCAGCUGAUAUUCGAGUACGUUCCGGACGACCUGCACCGGAUCUUGAAAGGUCACCGGAGGGAGGGUACCCAGCUACUCAUGGAGGAGGUCCUGCGGUAUUCACAAGAUCUUCUCAACGGAAUCCACGCAUGCCACGCGCGCAUGAUCAUUCAUCGUGACCUCAAACCGCAGAACCUCCUCAUCCAUCCUGUGGACGGCCUUAAGAUCUGCGACUUCGGCCUGGCCCGUAUCUUCUCAUUCCCUGUCCAGAGCUACACCAAGGAGGUCAUCACCUUGUGGUACCGAGGCCCAGAGCUGCUGCUUGGGCAUCCCAGCUACGGCCCAGAGGUGGACAUCUGGUCUGCGGGGUGCAUCAUCGCUGAGACAGCCACUGGCUACCCGAUCUUCCCUGGGGACUCCGAGAUCGGCACAGUCUUCAAGAUCAUGCAGCUACUGGGCUCCCCCACGGAGGCCACCUGGCCGGGCUUCGAGGCCAGCUUGCCGUUCUGGAGCUCCAGCUACCCGUGCUGGCCGCCCACGAACCUCCGGGCGAUGAGGGACAAGCGCCCAGAGCUCGGCGAUGCUGGGAUGGACCUGGUCCGCUCCCUGCUGACCAUGAACCCCGCGGCGCGGCCGACCUCUAGAAAGGCGAGGGCCCACGCCUUCGUCUCGCGGCCCAGCCCCGCCUGAGCGAGGCCGCCGGCGCGCAGCGGCAGAGCGGCCGCCGCCCGCGCCGCGCGAGGCCCCCUUGGGCCCCGGGCCGCCGCCCGCCCCUCCCGCCGACGGAGAGCGAGCGCC